ACAAUAAUACUAAUAAUAAUAAAUCUUGCCCAUAGUCCCCCAGAAAGAGCAGGAAAAAAAAAAGGAUAUCAAUAAAUUAAUGCAAGGGAGGAGGCUCUGCAAUUCAUAUGCUACUUGUGAUUAGCAAAUUCGGCUUUGGGAGGAGGCCAGGGCUGGCUGCCAGAAAGAUCUGUUCAUGCUCUCAUACAUACCCUCGCAGAUUGAGCGUAUCAACCCCAGCACCCCUGCACAAGUAAUCAACAUCAAAGGCAGCGGCAACCAUCCAUCGUUGUUCUCUCCUCUAACUCCUCAUUUGUCAUUUCUCAUGCUAUCCACGUGCCGACUAUAGGUCCAAUAUCUACACGUACGGAUCUCGAUCGAUCGUCCUCCAGGCAGCAGCAGCUGCUCACCAAAAAUAUAUUGACAAAUAAAGUAAAAGAAACAGGGCUGUAAAGUAAGCAGGAGAAGAUGGUGGCGCAGAAGCAGGCAGAGGAGGCCAUUGUGGCGAGCCAGAACGAGGGUGAAGGUGGCGAUCAAGAGGAGGUCACAGCGGGGGAGGAUCAUGUGGCAGGUGCCCAACAAGGGUUCAGCCUCAAGAGGAUCCUUUGGCACGGCGGCUCGGUCUGGGACGCUUGGUUCAGCUGCGCCUCCAACCAGGUGGCACAGGUGCUGUUGACACUGCCCUACUCCUUCUCCCAACUAGGGAUGCUGUCUGGAAUACUGCUCCAGGUGUUCUACGGCUUACUAGGCAGCUGGACAGCCUACCUCAUCAGCGUCCUCUACAUUGAGUACCGCACACGCAAAGAGAAGGAGAACGUCAGCUUCAAGAACCAUGUCAUCCAGUGGUUCGAGGUGCUGGACGGACUGCUGGGACCAUACUGGAAGGCCAUCGGUCUCGCUUUCAACUGCACCUUUCUCCUCUUCGGAUCUGUCAUUCAGCUCAUUGGUUGCGCCAGUAACAUCUAUUACAUAAACGACCACCUGGACAAAAGGACCUGGACAUACAUAUUUGGGGCAUGCUGCGCUACCUCCGUAUUCAUUCCAUCUUUCCACAACUACAGGAUAUGGUCCUUUCUGGGAUUGGGCAUGACCACAUACACUGCUUGGUAUCUCGCCAUCGCAUCCUUCGCUCACGGCCAGGCGGAGGGUGUGACCCACUCAGGGCCUACGAAGCUGGUGCUCUACUUCACCGGAGCUACCAACAUCCUCUACACUUUCGGUGGUCACGCCGUCACCGUGGAGAUCAUGCACGCCAUGUGGAAGCCGCAGAAGUUCAAAUACAUAUACCUGUUAGCGACGCUGUACGUGUUCACGUUGACACUGCCUUCGGCGGCCGCAAUGUACUGGGCCUUUGGAGAUGAGUUGCUGAACCAUUCGAACGCCUUUGCGUUGCUUCCCAAGAACAGGUUCCGGGACGCGGCCGUGGUACUGAUGCUGAUCCACCAGUUCAUUACCUUCGGCUUUGCGUGCACCCCUCUCUACUUUGUAUGGGAGAAGGUUAUCGGCAUGCACGAUACUAAGAGCAUUUAUAUCCGGGCACUUAUCCGCCUCCCUGUUGUAGUUCCAAUCUGGUUCUUCGCCAUCAUAUUCCCCUUCUUCGGACCCAUCAACUCUGCUGUCGGGGCACUUCUAGUCAGCUUCACUGUCUACAUCAUUCCCUCCCUCGCUCAUAUAUGCACUUAUCGGACAGCCUCUGCUCGCAGGAAUGCCGCUGAGAAGCCGCCCUUCUUCUUACCAAGCUGGACCGGUAUGUUCGCAUUGAACGCUUUUGUGGUGGCAUGGAUCUUCGUCGUCGGAUUCGGGUUUGGAGGAUGGGCCAGCAUUACCAACUUUGUCAAGCAGGUGGACACCUUCGGCCUCUUCGCCAAAUGCUACCAGUGUGCCAAACCUCCGCCAGGCCCAAUGAAGCCCCACUGACUACUGAGGAGUGAUCAGUGAUGACCUGUCUGCCUAGUGCCUUGUACUGUAAAGGCCAAGGUUCAUGCCUGAUGCUAGCCAGCUAGUGUGCAAAUACAGCCAAAUUAAUGCUUGCGGAAAAUACAAGAUUCCAAAAAAGUGGGUUCAAAUGCUUUGCUGUUUUAAUUAAUUAAUUUUGUAUGCCUGCUUGCCAACAGAACGCGCCGUACUUGAGCUUUUUAUUUUUUUAUUUUAAUUUUUAAUAAAAAUAGAUAAUUUAUUAA